AAAAAUGUUCUUUGUAUGCUUUGAACCAAUUUGUUUGAUUUUCUUGGAAACUUGUUGCUUGCCUCUGAGGGAGAGUACAAUCUUUAUGAAAAAAUGAUUUGAGUUCUAGAUUGUAGUCGGUUAUCAUGAUCUCAGACAAUUUUUAGCUCAUGGGAAUAUUGAUUUUAAGCAGUAUAUGCUGUGUGGGCAUGAGUUCUGUUAUUCUUGUGGUGCUGAAUAUCGGGAUAGCCAACAGACUUGUCAAUGUGCCUUUUGGGACGAAGACAACAACAACACACAAGACUUGGUCACUCAGUCUAUGCAAGAAUCCGAGCAAUGGGCGUGGGAAACAUUUAAUUCACUCCCCAUGAUAAUGGAUGCAUACUCGGACCAAGAGAAAUCGCAGCUGGCGCUGAUCCAGAGAUUCCUAGCGGGGGGUUUCAGUUUAAGCGACCAUCCCCCUUAUCAAUUCCCACCUCGGUGUACAGAUUCUUAUGUAGACGCCAUGAAAGAUCUCCAUCAGCUUCCUUGGCUCGAGAGGUUUGUUUCCGUUAUAAGUGAUAACUACUACGAAGAAUAUAUCCAGUGAAUUAUAGGACUUCUGAAAUUCGAAAAUAAUCUGCACAGCUACCCGAGAAUACCCUUCGUAGGAGUAAAGAGUGUCUCGCUCUAUUCACAGCGGAGAUUUAUGUGCCUUUUUUCCUUUGUAGUUUCAUAAGCAUUGUGUUAAAAAGAUUUGCGGCCAUUAUAAGGUACCUUGUGUAAAACAGUGAAGGGCAAGCGUGUAUGCUGAUAGGCGACAGCUUUCUUCUUGAAAGAAAAGAGGGGGAAAAAAAAGAUAGUGUAUUGAAUUGAAAUAACAUUUAUCAUGUUAUUGAAUUGAAAAAAUAUUUUCCGUUUAA